GACAAACGAAGCAGCAUUCGAUCCCUUACAUGCAGGAUGGAGACUGUGUACUUGGAGCGCUCUCGUCAGCAAUUUAACGGAGAAUAGCCCGUGACUGUCACUGACAAGAUACGUAUAAGUGUAAACACAUAUCCACACGCAAUCGGAACAGCAAGAUGCUGACGGAAUCGUGAUGUCAACAUGUGCAAUAACCUGGGCGAAGCACCCAGCAUCACGUGAUGGUCACCAGUCGUGUCUGUCACGAUGCGAUGCAGAUGCCUGAGCACGAACCCGUGCCAAAACCUCCUGUUGGUCGGCGCGGAAACAAUCGGUCAUUCCUGAAUUUGCUUCGUUCCAAGCACUCCAAUCCGCCUCCUUGUUCAAGCUUCCUACAACUAUGUCUGCUGCUCCACGCACCGUCAACACCUAUGCCGCCAUGGAGAAGUCCGGUGAGCUCAAGCCGUGGCAGUACACGUCCCGCCCGCUCGGUGACGAGGAUAUCGAGAUCAAGAUCUCGCACUGCGGUAUCUGUGGCUCGGACGUCCACACUAUCGACAGCGGCUGGGGCCCGACCAUCUACCCCGUUGUGGUUGGCCACGAGAUCGUCGGUGAAGUUACUGCAGCCGGCUCAAACGUGACCAAUCUGGCUGUAGGCGACCGUGUAGGUGUUGGCGCUCAAGUCUGGUCUUGCCAGAACAAGGACGAGGACAAGCCGUGCGUCGACUGCGCUGACAAGAUGGAGUCGUACUGCGACCGUGCGGUGCUUACGUACAACGCCAAGUACGAGGACGGAGCCUUGGCUUACGGUGGAUACGCUGACUACGUCCGUGUAUCGAGUGCCUUCGCCUUCAAGAUCCCUGAGAAUAUUCCUUCGGAUGUUGCUGCUCCUCUGUUGUGUGCUGGAGCAACCGUCUUCUCUCCACUCAAGCACCAGAACGUUAAGCCUGGCGAUCGUGUCGGAGUUAUUGGCGUUGGUGGCCUUGGUCACCUUGCCAUCCAGUUCAUCCGUGCUCUUGGUGCCGUGCCUGUGGCUUUCUCACGUUCGGCUAACAAACGCCAACAGAUUCUGGAUUUGGGAGCUGCAGAGUUCUACAAUCUGAGCGACCCGGAGGAUGCCAAGAAGGCAGCUAACUCGGUUAACACGUUGAUCCUGACCGCCGACGCCAAGGGAAUGCCGUACAACCAGUACCUGGGUCUCCUCCGCAAGCGCGGUACGCUCGUGAUGUUGGGUAUACCGAAUGACGAGAUCAAGUUCCUGCCCAUGUUCGUGGUGGGUCGUGGGAUCCGCGUGGUUGGCAGCCUUAUUGGCAGCAUCGAGGACAUUGAGGACAUGCUGAAGGUCGCAUCCGAAAAAAACGUCCGCCCGAUUAUCCAGAAGCUCCCGAUGGCCAAGGUUAAUGAGGGCAUCACCAUCAUGCGCGAGGGUCGCGCUCGCUACCGCGUUGUGCUUGAGAACUAAGCCAGCUCCCUAAAUACCAAAGAAGAGAGCAAAGUAGUUUAAGCUUGAUUAACUAAGUGCAAAAUAUUCAUGACUGAUUGAGCCUCCUA